CAAUUCAGGAUCUCGUACCACCUGUUGGCCAAUAGACACUAAAUGGAGGCCUUGAUCAAACUGUUCGCGCUCAAUUUUACCCAUGAUUCAUCAUUCAAAAUAUGUCUACCACAUGUAUUGUCUGUGGAAGGAUAUUGCGCACUUCAGAUUUAAUUAAUUGAAUUUCGAGUAAUUAGUGUGACAAGUUUGUCUUUCACUUAGCAAACUUAAAUGAUCGAACCAUGCAGAGAAUCAGAGGAACUUCUCGUCGUAUGUCUAUACGGGAGAGAAGUUAGACGAUACAUGAAGUCUGUUGAUGCUCACGUGCAGACAUUAGAACGGAAGAAAAAACAAAUUUAAAGGGACGCUACAGAAUUUAAAGGUAUUGAAGAACGAAAUGUGAGUUACCUCAAUACUUUUGUGUCCGUUUGAACACAAUUGAUGUUGUUUCGAACAUGCUAAUCAAGAGACCUUUAAACGUAGUUAUGCGAUUUGACGUUUAGUGAAGUUUAAAUUUCCUGUGUUGAAAAUAGCAAAAAGGAAACGAGAUUCCAAAUGAUGACCUACAUUUGCUGUUGCAGCCAACCGAGUCACUUAUGACAUGUUUGAUGAUUCCAACUUAUGGUGUGAUGAUUGUGGAAAUAGCAACUCAGGUGAAUGCAACAAACACGGUGUACUGCACGUUGUUUCUGAUUUGCCGUUUGUAAGUAGAGCACGUCAAACUCUGCCUUCCAUUCUGGAAUUGAAGUCGCCUACUGACAGUGAAGAAGGUUUGUUGGUGUUUAGUCGUGCGUGGAUUCAGCGCCGUACCAGGUUUGGUCCCUUGCAAGCACCAACUCGCAAACAAAGGCCCUCGUUCUCCCUCCAGAUAGAACAACUUACUCAGCGCCCUACACUGCCAUUCAAACUGUUCAGGAGUAGUGCCAGUGGUGUAGGCAAAGAGUUGUCAGCAUUGUGGCUCAACGCUGAUGAGUCACGUAAUGAAGAGCUGUCAAACUGGAUGGUGUUUGUGGCGGUGGCUCGGACUGCCAAGGAACAGAACUUAGUUGCCUUCCAGUACCAAUCUGGCAUCUACUUUGUCACUAUCAAGGACAUUGCUGUUGGUGAGGAGCUGCGUGUGUGGUAUGCCAAGGAAUAUGCCGCCUGCAUGGGAAUUGCUCCUCUUCCGAAAGCAUCAGGGGCUCCUAUUGAAUGUUGUUUGCUGUUCACUUUAGAACUGCAAUAUAUUGCAAAUCAGAAUGCACAUAAUGUGUGUAAUCACAAUUCUGUUUCAUUUUUUCAUUAUCUUGUUUUUGUUAUUUUAAAAAAGAAAUUUAUGAUUUGGAACAGUUUUUCUCCAAAUCACUUGUCACAACCGAGUUCUCAUGACAGUUACAGUAGUAUUGCAAUUAUUACUACAGAUCUUUGCAGUUACAUUUUUUUAAUGAUAGGUAUGUAUUUAUAUACUUAUGAAUUCACAAAAAUUGUCUUUGUCACAAAAUAUAAGCAAAUAAGACCCCAGGCACUAUUAAGUGAACCAUUUCAUGUUGUGAAAGCUUGUAGCCAUUCAAAAUUAAAUAUUUGUUCUUCAAAAGUUAAGGGAAAAAAUGAUUACAAUUUAAGCAGAAUUCUCUUUUCACAAGAUAAAAUGAUUUUGAACCUAUUCAGUUAUGGGUUUUAUAUAGUUUAUUUGGCUUACUUUCUAUUUGAUUCAUUUUGGUAUAAAAACAUUGAAAAAUCAUUAAAAACAGAUCAUUGCAUGGUCUCUUCUCUAAAAUAUGUGUUAGUUUCAGAUUCAUUAAAUGAUUGUUGGUUUCUUUGGUUUCUCAAAUCCCUAGAGGUUCUAAUAUUGAGAUCAAGUCAUCCAUUUGUAUUCACUACUCAAAAUGGUAUUACAUCUAUAAGGAAAAUAAUUAAGGCAGUAAAAGAUAUCAUUGAGGCAGAAUUAUCAUCAACAAUUCAUUAUUUACUCUUAAUAUUACUCAAUGACAGAUUGUUGACUUGGUUUGAUGAGAGGAACAAAGAAAGUAAUUUGAGAAAAUUCAACCAAAUAGAUUCUAAUAUUUUUUGUGUUUUGAUAGGUGAUGUAAUUAAUAGAAGUUGUUCACUUGUCCCACACAAGAAUAUCAUUGAUUUUCUGAAUUGUUUAUUAACAUUACAUUGUUUAUAUAUUUAUUUCUUCAAUUUCAUUUUGUUUAUAUUCUUUUGGAAAAUGUAUCAUGCAUUUAAGCAACUUGGUUUUCUUUGUCCCAAUGAAACAAAUAUUUUUCUCUAUUGUCUUGGCUUCUUUAUAAUGAGAGGAACAAGUUAUAGCAGUUCUUGCCUUUCUUUCCUUCAAAAUUUUAAUUCUGUUUUUGAAGGUAUCGUUUUAGAAAGAAAAAAAAUUAUUUCCAUUGCAAUAUGUUCCUUCGGCUAUGUAUUCCAGAUGGUUUUCAUUCAGAGGUGCAUGUCUGACAUUAAAUAUUUAUUAUUUUUUCAUCUUGUAGCACUGUCAUGUUCUUCAUCCCUUUCCAUAUUGUUUUCUUUCAGUUCACUUCUAAUUUUUAUCUUCUCUACAAACAUUCCUAAAAUAAAUUUGUUUAACAUUGUAACUUGUUAUAAUUCUGCAGAUUUUGCAAUUAUUGUCUUAGUGAAACCAAGUUCCUAUGUAUUUAAUGAUACUUUAAGAAACUUUUUUGUUGUAAAAUCUGCCCAAGUCUGUGCAAUGGUGUGUACUCGCCGAAAUAAUUAUCCUUUCUUUGAGAUUGUCAUUCAUAAAACUGUCCUUGCAAAAAUUAUAUUUAUGAAAAGACAAACAGUUGACAGAAAGAAAUUAUUGUUGGAACAAGGAAAGAAAAUAUAUAAUUUAAGAAGUGCUUUGAACAUUUUUGUUUUGAGG